UUGCUCUGUUGUUCACGUCGAUGCCGAUGAUAACAAUUACAUGAAACAGAUAAAAAUACGGUAAAUUAAUUCCAUUCAUGAUUCUAGUGUUCUUUACACCACGUAUUAAUUAGUUUUCGUCCAUUCCUACUGAAUCGUUUGGUACCAUUUUACUCAAAAUGUUGAAAUUAAUCGUUCUAUUCGUCUGCGCGAGUCUACCGCCUCUAUACGCUUCAUUAUGCAAAAACCCAGAAAUAUCUUCAGCCUCUACGUACACCACUCAAGACGGUAUGGUCGUAGCCGAAAUCGCUUUCAUCUCAGAGUUCAACUUGGAUUGCAGCAAUAAAGCCAACGGUUUAUCACUUUUCGGCGAAGUUAACGGUAAAAUCCUACCUAUAAUGAAAGUAGACGCUCGUAAUAAAUACCAAGUCAGCUGGACCGAAGAAAUAAAGAAAGCCAGAAGUGGCGAUUAUAUCAUCAACGUUUACGACGAAGAAGGAUACAGUAAUAUCAGAAAAGCAAUCCGAAGCGGAGAAGAUCCCAAAGCUAUUACUCCUUUGACUUCGGUCACGUUGAAUUAUUCCGGAACUUAUCUAGGACCGUGGGUCAAUUCGGAAUUUUUAGCUGCUAUUUUAUUGAUCAGCGCUUGGUACGUGGCUUUCGUACAUAAAUCGAAAUUGUUAUCGUAAUUCCUAUAAGAGAAGUGAUUUUCUCUCACUCAUCAAGUCAUCAUAUUGAUGAUGUACGUAUAUUCGUCUAUCGAAAAUGUGUAAAGAGCUCUGAAUCUAUAUAAGACAUUUAAUCGUUUUGUUGUUGCAAAAAAAAUACGUAUCUAUUUUGAUAUAUUAAAAUCUUUCUCUGUGUAAAGUAUGAUUUCGAUUUCAUCUCGUCCAUAUUGUUGUUGUAAUCUGUUCGAUGUAAAUUUGUAAAAUUUGUUACUAAAUUAUGAUUUUUUUCUAUUUGUAGUGCUAUUAAAAUUGUGUUUCGUAUUUGUA